CUUUUUCUUUCUUUCCCCCUUCUCGACAAUUCCCACGCUCCUCUCCAUUUUUGCAUAUUCACGGCCACACUUUCACAAAUUGGGCAGAAUCCGACCAGCCAAAUCGCUGUCGAGAAAAUUUCCACAGGCUGCUGCUGAGACUGAACUAGAGUUUCUUCUCCCAAGUUCUGUUUGAUUUGGCUCAGUAUCAAACGCUUGGAACUGGGAUCUCUCUAUUUCGCUACGGAAAGAAACAAAGCGAGUUCUGGGUUCUGGGUAUUGGAAUCUCUUUGCUUCAGAGUUCGGGGUGCGGAGGUGGGUUUAUUCUAACCCUGAGAUGCUGUAAUAUUCAGUUGUCGGUUUUCGCAUCGUGAUUCUGCAAUCUCAAAGGCGUGAAGAAGUGGCUUGCUGGAUAGUCUGAGACUCCCCAGGGGAGAAAGAGUAGACACAAAUGGGGGAUUACUAUGACAUUGAUGACAUUCUUGCCGAAGAAGAUUUUGUGCCAGUUCAAUUCCACAAGGCAGUGAAUGGGGUGAAAAUUGAUGAAAGUUCAGAAAGAGGCUUUGUAAGUUCUGCCAUGGUGUGGGGGAAAUGUUAUGUUAAAAGGAGGGAGGAAAAUAAGAUGCGUGCUCAUGUUAGUGUUUGGUGAUAUGCUAUUCUCAGGUUGAACAAGAUUCAAAGGCAGAGCUGCCAUUUUGGCUUGCGCGGGGUUUGCACUUGCAACAAGCCAUAUCAAUCAAAGUUCCUGCUUGUUUCAAUAGAAAUACAAGGUUAGAAAUUGAGGCUGAUGCUGGAUCUGUUGACUUAAGAUCUCGCUGCUCAUACUUCUAUGAGUUUGGAUGUAAAGUAGCACCAUAUUGCGACAAGAGCAUUGGACUAUUGGUCUCAUACGCGUUCAAAGCCCGGUACAAGGAGGUUCUGUACAAGUCACACACAAAAGCAUUUGCAGCAGCAUCCAAAAUCAUGACCUUUCUAACCAAAGAAGAAACCAAUUUGUAUGAAGCAGCUCAAUCCUCCAUGGCAGCCUUUAGGAAAUGGAGAAUGGGCGGUCCUAGAUUGCAGAGAGCUUCAAUUCUUGGAAGGAAAAGAAAACCAGCCGAGUAGAAAGAAAGAUCGUCCAAAACUCUAGACGAUCCUGAAUUCCUCGUCGGUAAAGAAAUGCCAAGGCCUGACAGUGUCGAAGCUGCAGGCAGGUGAGCUCCAAUCUCCAUACACACCUGCUAGAUUCUUGACAGAACAAUAGCAGUAAUUUACAUCUCAAUUGUUUAUGAUCCCUUUCAGUGUGUACUUGUAAUACAUUCAAUCAGAAACAGAUGAAUAAAUGUCCUGAGCGGAGAUUUCUCAAGUGUCUAUUAUUGGGCCAAGAACAGCUAGCUCUACUAGACGAUAUCACCGCUCCGCCGCCCGAAUCCAGCAUGGCCGACGGUAACAGGAACCAUGGCCGCGAUCGCCGCGGCGGUGGAGAAGAAGAAGAAAUAGACGGGGAGAUGUGGGCGAAUUUCAGCGGGACAUUUCGGAAAGUGCAGACGGUGCUGGACAGGAACAGGUCGUUGAUUCAGCAGGUGAACGACAAUCACCAGUCUCGAAUCCCCGACAACAUGGCCAAGAACGUGCCGUUGAUCCAGGAGAUCAACCACAACAUCUCCACGGUUUCCUCCCUCUACUCCGACCUCUCCUCCAACUUCGUCUCCUCUUACCAUCACCGGAACGGCAAGGAUGCUGACGGCCGCCGUGACGGAGGCAACAAGGCCUGA